AUGAACUGCACAAUAUGCUUUAAAUCUACGGGGAAAAGAAAGCUUGUAGCCAGACGAGAAUUUACAGGAUACUUGGCUGCACAUCGAUAUGAAGAGUUUAAGAGAAAGCUGAGGCAGAUACCAGAAAUUCCAGAGAAUAAUGCUGUGGAGCGCACAUCUUCAAGUGUAGUUAUAGCUUCCAGAACUAUCCAGGACCUAGCCUUUCGACAAGAACCGUUGGCAAACAUGGUUAUUGACGAUGAUAUUGAGAUGGAAUAUUUUCAAGAAGAAGCAGGCAGGGAUAAUGAUGAUGAAACCACAGCUACAAUUGAAGCUGAAGAGCCUUUUGAUGAAGCUGAAAGCUGGGCUAAGCAAGAUUUGUUACGAAUUGGUACAUCAGAAAUGACUGGUGAACCUAUUCAUUUAGACAUUGAAGACUCUGGUAGGGUUGCAGGACAUACUAAGAGUGAGAAACGAAUCAAAGAGCUAUAUAUUUUGAUGCAAAAUUACCAAGUGCAAAAGUCCGCCAAAGAUGCAAUCAUUAAAUGGAUCAACAAAAUCUAUCUUCCUAAUCAGUCAAAAGAUGAAUCACUAAAGUCUGUUUAGCUUUCUGAAAAGCUUCUUAGUGAAUCAAUUGCUUUGAAUGAGAGGCGUUAUGACAUGUGUGGGAACGGACGCGCGAUACUUUAAAGAGAUUAACAGCUAAGAUGUUUUUUUUGUCUUGAGGCAAGAUAUGAACUAUCUGAAGAUGGAUCUAGCAAGUCUCGAAACACGUUAUCUCAGCUAAGUAUGCCGAUUUUGUAUCAUCGUACUUUGUAAAUGCAAAUGGUAUGGAUAAAAUUUUAUAAUGAGCAAGAAGAGAUGUAGCCGUUGAAACAGAAAAGUUUAAUAAUUACUACAACGGCCCAGCCCAGCAUACAAAUACAAUGUUGUAUAGGUAAAGAAUAUUAAGAAGAUAAAAUAAAUCAUG